AUGAUCCUGCAUCUGAAAAUUUCAGCACAAUGUACAAAUGUAGCAAAUGAUUGUGAUAAAUUAGAACAGCAAGAUGAAUCUGUUAUUAAAUCGGGUUUUGUUCAAACUGAUGCUGAAGAUGUUUCUGCGAAGUAUCUUCUGGAAGUAUGAGUAAUUUAACACCUGAUGAUUCAUUAAUUAUUAAUGUUAUAUCUCACAGAUACUCAAUAUUUGUUUUCGGAUCAAUAUCGACUACGUCAACGCCGUGUAUUUAAUAAAAUUUAUACUAGUCAUGAUGGAAGUCAAUAUAAUAAAAAACAUUAUGAUACAGAUAAUCCACCAUCAAGCAUUCAAGAAUAUAUACAUUUACUAUUUUCUACUCUGGAUUGAUUGAUUGAUAAAACAACAACAUCAGCUUAUAUUCUUACUAUUUGUGAAGAUAAUAAAGAUUUUUCAAUUUUAAGAUAUCAUGCUGAACCACCUUAUGAAGAUAUUACAUUCAAGAUGAUUAGUAAAGAAUGCGAUUAUCCAGAUAAACAUGGAUUUCAAUGUCAUUUUCAAAACGAAAUAUUUAAAUUUAUGGUUUUAUUUUCCCAAAUGGAAAUCUCGUCGACAAACUUUGUUUUCUCUUUCUAUUGUUUUCAUUUAUGCAAUUUUUCUAAAGUUAAGUUGACAUCCCAGUAAAAAUCAGAGUUAUAAUUGAGAAGACUGAUCACUCGGAAUAUAAAUAUGAACUAUGAAUGAGUGGCAUGUGAACAUAUUUCAGUACAUAGAGAUUGAAAAACAAUGAAGUGACCUACUUUUUCCGAUGAGGUUGGGUUCGAAAAAUCUUUACUGCAAUACCAAGUUCAGGAGCAAUAUAGAUACGAAUCCCAUAUUCAAAUAGAGAACAUUCAGUUACACUCAGUAUCAUCAAAGAGCCGAAACCAGAAAGCAUCUGAAUAGUUUUAUAAGGGUUAGAAAAGUAAUUAUUAUAGGCAGUCAUUUACAUGAAAAAAAGCGUCGAGUCAAAGGUACGUGCUAAAACUCACCAACAAUAUUAUUUUACCUCGUAUGUAUUCUCUACAUUCAGUGUAACUACUGGGCGUAACUGAAUAAGUCCUAUUCGAAUAUGGAAUUCGCAUCAAUAGUACUUCAGAAAUCGGAUUCGCAGUCGACGUUUUUGAAAUACAGUCAGCUAUAUAAGCACAGAUUACUUAAUUGUUUUGUUUGUUUUUAUAUACGAAAGUGUAUUCAUGUGUCAUUCAAAGCUCAUAUUUAUACUCCGAGUGAUCACUCCUCUCAAUUAUUAUUUUGAUUUUUACUGAGAAGCCAACUUAACUUUAGGAAAGGCUUUCCCUUCGUUCGAUAUAUUGGAGGUUUUGGUGACGGAACCCUUUUCAAUACAGAAAAGCUUCUUUAAAUGACUUCUCUAGGUCAUUUCAACUGAUUUCUAUCCCUUAACACCUAGAGUAGUCAACGAAAGCAAAAGCUUUCACUAGUGCCGUUCAUUAGUUCGAAAAAGAUUUUUUUUACUAAAGUGGGCGGAUAAUUUUUAUGCGCAAAACGAUCUAGACACCUCUACAAUUUUUUAAAACAAAUAGGAAAUAUAAGCAAGAAAAAUCUGCAAAUACUAGCAUUUGCACCACUAGCAACAGGGUGCAUAAUCACCUAUGUUCGAUCUCUCUUGUUCAUCUCGUUCGAAGCAUACUAGAGAAAAUAAAGUGAUGAUGGAGAAAUGGGUGAAUCAUGUUUUGACGCACUGUAUUUGUUUCAAAAGAUAUGUUUGGGUGAUUUCUGUUCGCAUCAUAUCUAGCUCGACUUUGGGAAAAUUUAUUGUGCGUUACACAUGUUCACCGAAGAAACAGUUUCAAUUGUGAUUUAAUACGUUCUGUCUAAGGUUGCUAUAUCACAAGUUAUCGACUGAUUGCAAAACCAUAUGAUUGAAUAGACAGAAUCAUUUUGUGUAGUUUCUGAAUAAUUCCUAUGAUUGUCUAAGUGACGAAUGAAGAACCCCAUUUUAAGUAUUAUGUCGACAUCCAUUUGUCG